GGGGAUGGUUCUCAACCUCUCUCUAGAUCAAUUGGUUGUGAAGCUCGGUCACCACCCACCACUUUUUCCUCCCUCUCUCAUCCUGAGUCACCUUUUUGGAUUUUUGUAGUUGAGCAUUAUGGGGACUCUAAAUGAUCAGGCAGUAUUACAGGCCAUCUUCAACCCUGACACCCCGUUUGGAGACAUUGUUGGGUUGGACCUGGGAGGGGAAGCUGAGAAAGAAGUAGAAGAUGGAGUUUUCCCUCAAGCACAGCUGGAGCAGUCCAAGGCCUUGGAGCUGCAGGGAGUGAUAGCAGCUGAGUCUGGUGAUCUCAGCACAGCACUGGAGAGGUUUGGCCAAGCCAUCAACCUGCUGCCUGAGAGGGCAUCAGCCUACAACAAUCGAGCCCAGGCCCGGCGACUCCAGGGAGAUGUGACAGGAGCCCUGGAGGACCUGGAGCGCGCCCUGACGCUGAGCGGUGGGCACGGCCAAACUGCCCGCCAGAGCUUUGUGCAGCGCGGGCUACUGGCGCGUCUGCAGGACCGGAACCACGAUGCCCUCAGGGACUUCCAGCGAGCAGCGCGGCUGGGCAGCCCCUUCGCGCUGCGCCAGCUGGUAUUGCUCAACCCAUAUGCAGCGCUGUGCAAUCGCAUGCUGGCCGACAUGAUGGGGCAGCUGCGCAGCCCCCAUGAUGGACGCUGAGCCAGCCAACCGGCAAGGGAGGGGGAGGGCCCUGCACCAAUAAAAACUGCUGACUUGCACGAA